UCGUGACGGAGUUCCCGUGCGCUGUCGGCUGGAGGUCGCGAUUGCAUCAGUGCGAUCCGGCGGCGGUGGUGGGAUGGAGGUCGAGGUAGUGACGCAGAAACUAGAGGUCAUGGAUGUCGAGGGCCAACCUAAAGUUACAUCUGAGAAACAGAAAGGAGGCAAGAAGAAAAACAUCAAGGAAGGUGGUGAUACGAUGAGAGCGGAGUUGGAUCCAUGGCCAGCAUAUAUUAAUGAACGCCUUGAACUGUACCACAAACUCAAAGCUGAAAGUGAUUCUAUUUUGGCAGAACGUGCUAUGAAAGAGAGUAAACCAAUCAUUGUUACUCUACCAGAUGGUAAACAAGUACAGGGGGACUCCUGGAAAAGUACCCCUUAUCAGAUUGCAUGUGGAAUUAGUCAGGGUUUGGCUGAUAACGUGGUUAUUGCUAAAGUAAAUGGAGUGGUUUGGGAUCUGGAUCGACCAUUGGAAGAAGACUGCAGUCUCGCAUUGCUUAAGUUUGAAGAUGAGGAGGCUCAGGCUGUGUACUGGCAUUCUAGUGCCCAUAUACUGGGAGAGGCGAUGGAACGAGUCUUUGGAGGGUGUCUCUGCUAUGGCCCACCAAUUGAAAAUGGAUUUUAUUAUGACAUGUUCUUGGAAGAAGGAGGUGUCUCCAGCAAUGAUUUUCCAGCUCUAGAAAAUCUAUGUAAACGUAUUAUGAAGGAUAAACAACCAUUUGAGAGACUUGAAAUAAAAAAAGAGACUCUUCUGGCUAUGUUCAAGUACAACAAAUUCAAGUGUAGGAUUCUAAAUGAGAAAGUGAAUACUCCUACUACAACAGUGUAUAGGUGUGGACCCUUGAUUGACUUGUGUAGAGGACCUCAUGUCAGACACACUGGAAAAAUUAAGGCUCUGAAAAUUCACAAAAAUUCUUCCACUUACUGGGAAGGCAAGUCUGAUAUGGAGACGCUACAGAGGAUUUAUGGAAUUUCUUUUCCAGAUACAAAAAUGUUGAAAGAAUGGGAAAGGUUUCAGGAAGAGGCCAAAAACAGAGAUCAUAGAAAACUGGGGAGGGAGCAAGAGUUGUUUUUCUUCCAUGAACUCAGCCCAGGAAGCUGUUUUUUCCUGCCUAAGGGAGCUUAUAUAUACAGUGAGCUCAUUACAUUCAUUAGGAGUGAGUACAACAAAAGAGGCUUUACAGAGGUGGUGUCUCCCAAUAUUUACAACCACAAACUGUGGCAAACAUCAGGACACUGGCAGCACUACAGUGAGAAUAUGUUUUCUUUUGAAGUGGAGAAGGAAAUCUUUGCCCUAAAACCUAUGAAUUGUCCAGGUCACUGUCUCAUGUUUGAUCAUCGGCCACGGUCCUGGAGGGAACUGCCAUUGCGAUAUGCUGACUUUGGAGUGCUUCAUCGUAAUGAGCUGUCUGGAGCACUGACUGGCCUGACUCGGGUCCGCAGAUUCCAACAAGAUGAUGCUCACAUUUUCUGUACCAUGGAGCAGAUUGAAGCAGAAAUUAAAGGUUGCCUGGACUUCCUGCGUGCUGUCUACAAUGUCUUUGGAUUUACUUUUAAACUUGAACUUUCCACUCGCCCAGAGAAGUUUCUUGGUGAUGUUGAAGUCUGGAACGUAGCUGAGAAGCAACUUGAAAAUAGCCUCAAUGAGUUUGGUGAGAAGUGGAGUUUGAAUCCUGGUGAUGGUGCUUUUUAUGGGCCCAAGAUUGACAUAAAAAUCAAAGAUGCUAUUGGUAGAUAUCAUCAAUGUGCUACAAUUCAGUUGGAUUUCCAGUUGCCUGUCAGAUUUAACUUGACCUAUGUGAGUCAUGAUGGUGUUGACCAGAAUAGGCCUGUUAUUAUUCAUCGGGCAAUCCUAGGCUCUGUGGAACGAAUGAUUGCAAUUUUGACUGAAAACUAUGGUGGCAAAUGGCCUCUCUGGCUGUCUCCACGUCAAGUUAUGGUUGUACCUGUGGGACCUACAUGUGAAGAAUAUGCACAACAGGUUCAACAGCAAUUUCAUGAUGCUGGGUUAAUGUCUGACGUUGACCUCGAUCAAGGAUGUACACUGAACAAGAAGAUCCGAAAUGCACAACUUGCUCAAUAUAACUUUAUCCUUGUGGUUGGUGAAAAAGAGAAGAGCAGUGGAACUGUAAAUGUGCGCACAAGAGACAACAAGGUGCACGGGGAGCGCACAAUAUUUGAAACCAUUCAGAGGCUUUUGCAGCACAAGAAAUCCAGAAGUAAACAUGCUGAAGAGGAUUUCUAAGACUUUUGGAAUCCUGCCAUAUACACCUGUAGCCAAAUAAGCGCAGUUUCAAUUUUUUUUAUUGGGAAAGGGAAAGCAAUGAUUCCAUUCUAAAAAUCUUAAUUUCCAAGCAUCUAUCACAAACUUUGUCUGGCAACAUGGUCAAUAAUGUUAAUUGUAGGUCAAGAAUUAAAGUUAUUGUUUCAAUUUCUGCAUAAUGGUAAUUUCUUGCAUGAAAAUGAUUUUGAAAAUACUUUAAAACUAUUUGUAGUUUUUUCUGUAAUUCAUUUUUCAGCAUUUUUAUCAAGUACUUUGACUCACAACUGAACAGAAGGAAUUAACACCCCCAAUAAAAUACAUUUCCUUCAAUAUC